UAUCGCCUGCAAUUCGCUGAGAAAUUUUGUAUUGCGGUGGUGCGGUGCAAAAAGGACCUUCACUUUAACAGGUGUAAAAUCGCAUCCGCUCUUCGACGGUAUAUUGUGAUACGACGGCUACAGCCAGCCAGAGUUCUGUUUCAUGAGCUGCACCACGAGCGCAGCCCUGAAGUUCGCCAGCCGUGGUUUAGCCCUCACUCCAGGCCGAAAAUACUUUUCCUCGCACAAAAUGCCUCGAAUUACGGUGGAUGGUGUGGUGGCGAAGCUGAACGGGUUCGCGCCGGAGAGCCUGUGCGAAAAGUGGGAUAACGUUGGACUACUUAUAGAGCCGUACUUGAGAAGGGAAGUUUCAAACAUCCUGCUCACGAACGACUUGACGGAAAUGGUGAUGAGUGAGGCGAUGACGCUGAGCGCGGAGUUAAUCAUCUCGUAUCACCCGCCGAUCUUCGCGCCGCUGAAACGAAUCACGCAAAAGUCCUGGAAGGAACGGAUCGUGACACUAUGCCUACAGGAGUGCAUAGCCGUCUACUCGCCUCACACCUGCUGGGACAACGUAACGAACGGUGUGAAUGAUUGGCUGGCCACCGCCUUGCCACUUGCCAGCUCCCAGCCCAUCCAGGAGAAUCUGUCCAACCCAUCGUACGGUGCCGGGCGCAUCUGCGUGGUGCAGGGUGAACUAACAUUACGCCAGGCGAUCGACCGGAUCAAGGACCAUACGAAAGUGAAGGCCGUGCAAGUAGCGCGCUCGCACGGUUGCGUCCAACUCGAUGUGCCGAUCCGGACAUUCGCCGCAUGCGCCGGUUCCGGCGGCUCGUUGCUCAAGGGCGUGAAGGCCGAUCUGUACAUAACGGGGGAGAUGUCACACCAUGAAAUAUUGGACGCCACUCACCAGAACAUCCAUGUGGUGCUGCUCGGUCACAGCAACUCCGAGCGCGGCUAUCUGCCGGUGUUCCGGAAUAUCCUUGCCAACAUGCUGCAAGAUUUCAGCGAUGUGAACAUACAUGUAUCCGAAUGUGAUACAGACCCAAUCACAUUGCAUCCCAUAGAUCGUUACUAACGCUCGCUACCUUCCUGUCACCCCCAUUUGUCGUCCCCUUCCCCGUCCCGUAGCUCGUAGGCAUACUGGAUCGGUGCCACAGGUUCCGGAGACACCAUGUCUAGUUUGCUUGAUAAGGAUUUACCAAAUCAGUCAUGUGACACACACUGUGAGUAGUGCAUCAGUGCACAAACGCGCACAAUAGUGUACUGGUGUAGCCAUGCAUUAAUUAACCGAA